AGAACGUCACAUCGCGUCGCGGUUCGUCACUCGUGUCGUGGCGCUGACAGAGAGAACACUUCUGUCAGUUUCACGGGGUCCCUCUGGGUCGUGGGUGUGUUCUGAGAUAGAUACUGGGAAGAAGAAUUUAAAAUCGUUUGAAUAUCAAGAACAGCAACAAUGGGCGGUUUCGCAUGGGUGACGUUGGCCACAAACGAUUCUUACUCACUUGGAGCCUUGGUUUUGGCGCAUUCCCUGCGUCGGGCCGGUACCAAACAUGACUUGGCAAUUCUUAUAACUCCGGGUGUUACUGAGGUUAUGAGGGAAAAAUUGGCGUCGGUAUUUUCUCUUGUUCAGGAAGUAAACGUCCUGGAUUCAAAGGAUGAAGCCAAUCUCGCGCUCCUUGCGCGACCCGAACUCGGAAUCACAUUUACCAAAUUACACUGCUGGCGGUUAACUCAGUACGAAAAAUGUGUUUUCGUGGAUGCCGAUGCUCUCGUUGUCAGGAAUUGCGAUGAGCUGUUUGAACGGGAAGAAUUGACAGCGGCACCCGACGUCGGAUGGCCGGACUGCUUCAACUCGGGAGUUUUCGUAUUCAAGCCGUCGCAGCAGACCUUUGCUUCGAUCACUUCAUUCGCGGCGGAAAAAGGUUCGUUCGACGGCGGUGACCAAGGACUCCUCAAUUCGUACUUCAGUGAUUGGGCCCACAAGGACAUCUCCAAACAUCUACCGUUCAUCUACAACAUGUGCUCAACCGCAACUUACUCGUAUCUGCCCGCCUACAAACAAUUUGGGGAAAAUGUUCGUAUUAUACAUUUCAUCGGCGCAACAAAACCUUGGCUGCAGUAUUUCGACACUGAAACUUCAACCGUCCAUCCACCGUCAGGAUGCAAUCAUUUGCAGCCACUCUUGCAACUCUGGUGGAACAUUUUCUGCGAAAACGUUUACCCUAAGCUAUCACCAGUGAUGGCCAGGAGCACAUUGGCAUCAAUUUGGCACAGAUUCACUCCUCCUUUACCCAGCACGUCCGUUCCUUGGUAUCCGAUCCGCAACGAAUCGAGUCAAAGUCACUGGUACAGAUCAGAAUCACGAAAAUCGAAUUACGAGUAUGAAGAUGAGCUCGCGAAGCCGGCAGAUUUUUCCGAAUUCAACGACCCCUGGGAACAGUAUAUACCGAAUUACACUCCACCGGAAAAUCCGGUCUAUCAUCAGCAAAGAGAUCACACUCUGCAGUAUUACAAUACCGGUCCACACGAGUUCAAUGACAAUCAGAGUUCGCAGCAACUUCAGAGUCACGUCAGACUAUCGGCAGAUAAUCACCAACAAACGACUCCGUCGGUAAGCCUUGACGCGUCCAGUUUAUCGUCGGGACAUCGCGACUUUCACGAGAGCGUGAACGAGAACCGGAAUCAGAAUUAUAAUAAUCCUCAGCAGAGUGAGAAUGUUUAUCAGCAUUUUCAAAAACAAUUCACAGAGGAGUAUCACAAACCUAACUUAAACGGGGAAACUUUUCUUCAAAAUACCGGGGAUUCUAGAGUACCGGAAAAUUUUGAAGCCGUUAAUAUUGAAAUAUGGCGGGAGAAUCAGACUGAACAUUCUGAACAUUUCAGAGAGCAAACAAGCCGUGAAAAUAUCGACGAUCGUUUGCACGGAGGUCAUUAUUUCACGCAAGACCCUGAAGAGUCGAAUGAUUCGGUUAGGGAUGAGCAAACAAAUAACAGGCUCGAAAAUUUUUACUCCGUACGGGAACCUGGACGUAUUGAUGCCACUCCACAUUCCCAAUCCGAAUUUUCCUCUAGUCAUGAGCCUUGUACAGAUCCUCCGCACAAUGUAGCCCAGCACUAUGAACAAUCCGUAAACAAUCAGAGGCAUCUAGCGGUCGAUGACGCUGGAAUUGCCGGAGCGUUGGCAAAGAUGACUUUGGGAGAACCAAGGAGCGCUGAACAAGUGGCACUUGAGGAGCACAUGAGAAGGCAAGGCUGGGAACAAGGUCAAAUCGAUUAUAUGGGGCGUGACAGCUUCGACAACAUCUGGAAGAAGAUUCUCAAUACCAUAAGUCAACCUCUGGAACGCCUGCCAUCUCCCCCUAAGGAGACAGAAAAUGUUGAAAUCAAGUCUCCUGUUCUCCCAUCCUUGACACCGGCAGCUACAUCAAGUUCAACAGCCGCUUGCAUAACAACGGACGUCUCUUCCCCUUCUAUUCUGUCCGAAGAAUCAGUAGCGACGGUUCAUAAGAACGACGUAAUCGAAUUUUUGAAAAGCGAGCCGAUCGUUGAACUUUCGACCGUACGAGACGAGCCAAAACUCCCAGAAGAACCAAAACCCGUUGAACCCGACCUCGAGGCAAAAUCUGUCGAGGAAAAAUCCCCACCAGAAAAAAAAAUCCCAACAGAAUCCGCUGCCGAAGAACCACCCGUCGCUACUCAAGCGUUUCAGUCAUCUCCAGUUUCGACGAAAGUCUUGUUACCCGAAAGUGCAGAAACGGAAUCACUGGAAGAAAAAACGGUUACCAAAGUACUUCAAACUUCUCCAGCUUUACCAGAAGUCGAGUCAACUGCAACGGUUGAACCGAAAUUAUCGAAGCCUGAAACAGCUGCCAGUAAAAUCUUGAUUCAACCUUCUUCAGUUCCUUCCGAGGGCCAAUCACCUGCAGAAAAAAAGACUGCUGGUGAAGUAAUUCAACCUUCUUCAGCUGUAUCGGAAAUUGAACCAUUUUCGAACAUUGAACCGGUAUUACCAUCAAAUUCGGAAACAGUUAUCAGCGAAGCCCCUAAACCUUAUCCAGUUUCACCGGAUGCAAGCGAAGAAACUGAUCCCAUCAGUGAAACGAAGCUCAAGGAAGUUGUCAGUCCUUUCCCAGAAGUCCCGAAAAGCGUUGUAAAAGAGCCUUCAGCGGUCUUGAAAGUAGAAACAACCGAAUCCAAAGCAGUAGCCGUUUCGGGUAAAAGUUUAGUACCUGAAACCGAACUAAGUCCAGAGGGCGCCACGAGCGAGCUGUCUGAACUUAUUCUAGACAGCAGCUCGGUUCCGAUUCAAGUCGCGGAGUCUGUGCUGCAAUCCGAGCCAAAGGAAUCGGUGUCGGAAGAUCAGAGUCCGGUAAGCGAAGAGGCGAUUUCAUCUUUCGUUGCACCAGUACUUGAAACGGCGACUGCUGUGUCGGAAACUGUGGCGGAAGCAAAAACCGACGAAGAGUUAAAGGCAGCGGGAAAUUCGAUUCGCAACGGCAUCGGCUCUGCGAUAACUCCGCUGGAAAUUCCUGCUCAGAUACCACAACCGGAAAUUCCUGCUCAGAUACCAGAACCGGAAAUUCCUGCUGCGAUACCAGAACCGAAAAUUCCUGCACCGGCACAAAUCGAACCCGUGGCUGCUCCGAAGGAGGCUGAAACCUCCGGAGAAGAGUCUUCGAAAUCUGCCUCACUCACGCCACCCGAUUCGCCAAGCACAACGGUCCCUGUUCGACCGAUCAGAACAAAGGAUUCGAGGAUCCCGACAACACCGAUUGUGACCGAAGCAACGCCCCCAAACAGUCCGCCAAUUGGUGCUGUGGAAGGCCUGGAGGAUCAGCCUCUGAAGACGGUCAAGAAGGUAGUGAAAAAAGUUGUCAAGAAGGUGCCUGUGGAUGUCGAGAGCGCCGAAGGAGGGGCGGGCAGUGAAACUGUGGGAAAGAAGGUAGUCAAGAAGGUGGUAAAGAAGAUCGUGAAGAAGCCGAAGGAGGAAACUGAUGAUGGCGCAGAAACUUCUAGCGCUGCAACUGAGAAGCCAAAGAAGACGGUGAAAGUGGUGAAGAAGGUCGUGAAACCGUCGGAAUCCCUCGAGGUGGAUGCUUCGAUACCGGAUACACCACCUGUCAGCGACGUUCCGGUUCCGCCGAGACGGAAAACCAAGACUACGAUAACGACAACGACGAAAACGACAACGACGAGCGGCAAAAGCCCUGCGGCUGAAGAAGCAGCGAAACCCUCCGAGUCUAAAUCAUAAUGUGACGAGGGCAGCGAAUCGACAAUAAUCAUUAAUAUUAUAACUAUUUUUAUUGUUGCUGUUGUUAUUAUUAUUAUUAUUAUUAUUACUAUUACUAUUAGGUUGCUCCGCAGUGUUCAGAAUUCGAAUAAUUUUUCAACACAGCAGAUUUUAGAGAUACGCAUAUUUCACUUUAUCAGUCAUUUCCUUUCAUGUUUUUGGAUUUAGUGUCUUCCAUUCAGCGAUUUUCUGUAUCAUAUUGCAAUUAUCAGGUAUUUGGUAUAAUGUAUAUUUCUCUAGCAACUGUUGCAUUAUCGCAUUGCGGUGUUAAAAACCGCCGUAUCAUUAUUUAUACAUCAUGAUUAUAUAAUUUUUUUCUCUUCUUUUUUCUGUCAUUUAAACGAAACACUUUCACGUUUAUCUAUCAUAUAACCUAUAAUGAAGGUAGCGUUUGCUUUUCUGUAUUACCACACUUUUAUCUGAGCAUUUUUUAGCUAUAGUAUCUACUCGAGUUAUAUAUCUCUACAAUUACUAUUUUUUUAUUAACUAUAUAUAUAUAUAUAUUUAUAAUCUAGUGAAUGUUUUUUGCAUAUCAGAUUCAGUUUCUAUUUAAAUCUGUGUACAAGCUCUAAGAUAGUAUCGUUGUUUGAUAUUUUCAUUAACCCCUUAUUUUAGAUCAUGUAUAGAUUUUGAAGACAGGACCGUGAGAUGAGGUUCUUGCAUGAUUUUCAAUUCUGACUUGUCAAAAUUACGACGGUUGAUAUCCAGUACUGUCAGAAGAAUUCAUUUGAAGACUCCUGUCAUUGCUAAUGAUCCAUAUAUAGUUUCCAAAUGCUAUCGCCCACGUUAUGUGACUUCGUUAUUCUUCACGCACCAACUUAAAAAACGUUGAGCACGACGAUCAUCAUGUUUUAUGUAACAAAAAUUUAUAACCCUGAUGCAUUACAUUUAUUGAAUACAUGUUAUUUUGACGCAA